AUGUUCCCCCGUCGUGCCGCCGCGUGGGUCCUGGUCGCAGCCGCCUCGGGUGCGGCGGCGGUCCGCGGGGCGGAGGGCCUCCCGCGCGGCGGCGGCGGCGGCGGCUCGGGCCGCCUGCUGCAGACGACGACGGGGACCUGCCUGGGGGAUUUCGUCGACGUCGACUUCAGCGUCGGCGGCAUCUCCCAGAACAACCUCGGCGGCGUGGUCGGCGACUGCAAGGGCAGCGGGAUGAGCGGGACGGUGGCCUGCAGCGCCCCGGGGCAGGUGCUGCGGUUCACGUCGGUCGCGACGUACCGCGGCAAGACGAUCGAUUUGGUCGUCUCCAACCGGUCCCACUACGAGCCGACGACGAGCUGCGACGGCUGCAACGGCGCGGCGAACGGCUUCGGGAAGAUCAACGUGCGCAUCGGCACGAGCGUCGUCCUCGGCUUCGACUUCGUCGACCCCGACGACGGCGACGCGCCCGUGACGCUCGACAGCUUCUACUGGACCCUCUUCGACUUCGACACGAUGAGCAGCGGCCGCGCCGAGAGCCUGUGCAUCGACGACGAGGCCCACGGCGUCGCGUCCUACUUCAUGACGAGCGGCGCCGACGCCGAGGUCGACGUCACGUCGCGGGCGACGCUCUGCGACGGCGCGACCGCGGGGAGCAGCGUCCUCUUCGAGGCGACGGGCGUCGGCAAGGGCUGCGACAACCCGAGCGGGCCCAUGGUCCUCGAAGAAGUGUCCUGCGACGACUGCACCACCGCGGGCUGCCCCAUCAACCAGGAGGACCGCACGGUGACGCUCGCCAUCGAGGACCGCGCGUCUUUCGAGGUCACGCUCGACUCCGACACGUCGGGCUCCGUCGGCAACUCGGGCCGCAUCUUCUACUUCGCCGGCAAGAGCGGCAUGAUCCUCGGCUGCCCGACCAUGGCGCCCACGUCCACCUUCGAGCCGUCGCGGGCGCCGUCGGCCGAGCCCACGACGGCCGCGCCGUCGCCCGCGCCCACGGCCGCGCCCACGGCCGCGCCCACGGCCGCGCUGAUGGCGGUGCCCACGGUCGCGCCCUCGCCGGGGGGGGCCGCGUGCACGGACAAGCCGACGUAUGGAAGCCCCAUCGACGAGUGCUACAGAGAACCGGCGUACUUCGUGUUCGGCUUGGACGCGAGCGACGGCUCGUCGUGCACGUCGGUCGUCGCGAGCGUCCAAGACCCCAGCGAUGGGAGCACCAUCGCGAGCGAGACCAUCGACAACGACGGCUCGCAUUCGCACGUCGUCCCGGGAAGCGCGGCGGUCAGCUCGUACACGUUCACGCUCGCGUGCGCGGACGGAUCCUGCGCCUCGGACAGCGUCGGCUUCGACGUUUCGUACACCCCCGCGCCGACGUCCGAGCCGUCGGGCGCGCCGACGGCCGUUCCCGCCGCGGCGCCGACGGCCGCGCCCGCGCCGGCGCCUACGACGGCGGCGCCGACGCCCGCGCCGACGCCGACGUCGCCCGCGCCGACGCCCGCGCCGACGCCCGCGCCCGCGCCCGCGCCGAGCCCGUCGCCGACGACGCCCGCGCCGAGCCUCGCCCCCACGGGCUGCUUCUUGAGCGUCGUGAGCAUCGGCUCGUCGAUGACGUGCGUCUCGGGCGUCGAGUGCACGCUGACCUGGGACUACCAGGGCGACGGCGCGUCGUGCGCGUCGAUCGUGGCGACGCCAACGACGACCGCGACGCCCACGACCUCGACGCCGACCGCGACGCCGACGACGUCCCUGCCCUCGGCCGCGCCCACCGCGGCGACGGUCGAGAUCGACGUCAUCUGGACGGCGGCGGCGGGCAACGGGACGAACCUGACGGUCAUCAACGCGAGCGACUCGGCGUGCAGCGCCGUGCAGACGGCCGACGGCGAGGUCAUCGCCGAGGCCUACGUCGCCGCCGUCGUCGGCGUCAGCGUCGACGCGGUGUCGAACCUCACCUGCGACUCCGAGCGCGUCAACGCGAGCGCCGCCGCCGCGCGGCGCCUCGACGAGGCCGGCGCCACGUGCGUGACGAACUACACCGCGGUCCUGACGACGUACCGCGUCACCGUCGUCGUCCUCGCCGAAGAGCUCGUCGAGUACUCGGGCGACGGCGCGGGCAGCGUCUACCAGUACGCCCACGUCAUCGAGCAGACGCUCGCGGCCGUGCUCGACAACGAGACGCUCGUGGGCUCGACGGUCUGCGACGUCGGCACCGUCGUCACGAAGACCAUAGCGCCGUCGAACGCGCCGACGACCGCGGCGCCGUCGACCGCGCCGACGGGCGCGCCGACGGCCCCGCCGACGGGCGCGCCGACGACGCGCGCGCCGUCGACGCUCGCGCCGUCGACGGAGACCGCGGCGCCGACGUCUUGCUCGGACUGGGACGUCUGCAACGGCGGCGCGUUCCAGAUCUCCGUCGAGACGGCCGACGUCGUCGAGGACACGCUCGGCGACGGCGGCGUCCUGCGAUACUCGCCCGUGGGCUACCACGAGGGCCGCGGCGUCGACCUCGUCGUCUCGGGGAGCCUGACGGUGGCGCACGUUGAAUACAUGGGCAAAUCAGGCAGCUUCGGCCAGAUCAACGUCGCCGACAACACGACGGCGGCGCUCAAGUUCUCGCUCGUGGACUCGGAGACGGACGACGAGGUCGUCCUCGACAAGUUCUACUUCACCUGGUUCGACAUCGACCGGCAGAAGGACUUCGCGAAGCACUCCGAGGCCAUCUGCGUCGACGACGAUAUGUUCGACGACUACGUCGGCGGCGACGAUCUCGUCGUCUACGCGUCGGAGACGUCGUGCGACGGCACGCGCGCGGUCUCGUCGACGACGUUCGCGGCGCUCCGACCGGGCUUCCUCUGCGACAACCCGACGGACGCGAACAACCUGGGCGCCGUGGCCUGCGGCGACUGCGACCAAUGCGCGAGCAGCGGCCUCGACGCCUACUUCCCCGUGGACCAGUCCGCGCGCGCCAUCAUGUUCGUCUUCAAGUGCCCCCGGUCGUCCUUCGACGUCUACCUCGCGGCGCCCUGCGAGACCUGCUGGGCCGACCGCGGCCGCAACUUCGUCUUCGGCGGCGAGUCGAACCUGUGCGCGUGGCCGUCGCGCGCGCCGACGUUCUCGCCCGCGCCGGUCGCCCCCGGCGCGCCGUCCCCGUCGCCGACGACGUCCGCGCCGUCCUCCCCGCCGACGUCGUCGACGCCGUCGAACGCGCCGACGAUCCCGAUGCUCCCGCCGGAGGCGCCCGUCAACGUCACGCUCAACGACAACACGUCCGCGGUGACCUGGGUCGACAGCGGCUACGGCGGCGAGCCCUCGAGCUUCAUGCUCUACGACAUGGAGACGAACUCGACGAACGUCACGACCGCGGCGCUCUACACCUACGACGCGCGCCGCCGCCUCGCGACGCGGUUGGAGCAGCUCGCGAACGCGACGGAGGAGCAGCUCGCGAGGGUCAAGGAGGAGCUCCUCGCGCGCUACGGCCGCCGCGAGCCGCGGGCGCACCAGUUCACGCUCGGCGCCCGGCUCCCCUGCUGGGUGCGGGUCAACAUCGCCAUCGUCGCGGUCAACGCCGCCGGGUCCUCCGAGCCGUCCGUGCCGGACUCGAAGAUGCUGAGCCGCUGCUUCCGCGAGCCCUCGUCCGCGCCGACGUUCCUCCCGUCGCCCCUGCCGUCCUCCGCGUCGCCCUCGGCGUCCCCGGCGCCGACGUCGGUGAGCCCCACGGCGACGGGCGCGCCGACGUCGGCGAGCCCCACGGCGACGGGCGCGCCGACGUCGGUGAGCCCCACGGCGACGGGCGCGCCGACGCCGCCCCCCACGACGCCCCCGGGCCGCGCGAAGAGCGACGCCGACGGCGGCGUGCUCGUCGCGAGCAUCGGCGUCGGGCUCUGCCCGCUUCUCGCAAUCCUCGUCGCCGCGGCCGUCGCCGCCGUCGUCGUCGUCGCGCCGCGCGCGGCGCCCGCGGGGCCGCGCCGCGUGCCGUUCCCGGCCGUCGCGCGCGCGGCGCUCCUCGGCGGCGCCGUCGACUCCGCCUGCGACGUGCUCUUCGCCUGCGACUCCUACGGCGACGCCGCCCUCUUCCCGCUCGCCGCCGCGCUCCUCGCGGCGCACGCGCUGGCCAACGCUCCGGCGCUCCUGCGCCUCGUCCGCCGGCGGGGCGCGAUGGACGCGGGCGCGGCCUCGAAGCACGGCCCGCUCUGGGCGCUCGCGCUCGCGCUCGCGACGGCCUCCAAGCUCGAGGUCGCCAUCGUGUUGCCCUGGGCGCGCGUCUUCCCCCGGGACCGCUACGACGUCGAGCUCGAGGACGGCACCGUGGUCCCCGCCGUCCGCGAGGAGCUGCUCCGCGCGCGCGACAAGGACAGGGUCGGCGCGGAGAAGCGCAAGGAGGGCGACCGGCCCCUGCGCCCGGGCGCGCGCGUCGAGGUCGGCGACGGGAAGCUCGCGGGCCGCGUCGUCCACGUCGGCGUCGACGGCGCGCUCGACGUCGCCUACGACCACGGCGAGACGGAGAUCUGCGUGUCGCCCGCGACCGCGUCGCGCCCGCGCGCGCCCGCCGUCGACGCCGUCGUCGCCUUCGACGCUGACGGGUCGGGGCGCUUCCUCCGGGAGGCGCGCAUCGUCCGGAAGCGGCGGCCCCGCGGCCCGGCCGUCGAGCGCUACGGCUUCCGCGACUCGCCCCUGGCCGUCGCGGCCGUCGCGACGACGUCCGCGGCCGCCGCGGCCCAGCUCGCGCUCAAGAUCUACGCGCUCGCCCGCGGCGGCGGCGCCAUCGCCGCCGUGAACGCGUGCACGAACGCCGCGGUCCUCGUCGCCAUCGCCAAGGCCGCGUACAACGUCGCGAUCCGCCGCGCGGGCGCGCUCAAGCGCGCCGUUCCGCCCGCCGACGACGGCGGCAUGGAGCUCUGGGACGCGCAGAAGCACGUCGUCGAGGCCGUGCCCAACAAGACCAUCGACUUCGACGACUGCGUCCUCGACUUCGACAAGAUGACGGACGGCGACGGCGACGCGGUGCUAUCCGUGGACGCAGACUACGGCUGCGCGGCCUACGCGAGCGUCGGCUGCGACUGGGCCGGCGCCCCGGACCGCGACCUCGACGACGGCGUCACCGCCGUCGUUUUACGUGACGGCAGCCAGAUCAACAUCCACGGCCUGGCAGGCCGCAUGCCCAACAUCAGCCAGGACGGCGGCGCCAUCGACAUCCACCUCCACUAG